AUGGUGGAAUUAUCACUACCAUCAUCGUCAACACUAUCAUCAUCAUUAUCAUCAUCAUCAUGGUCUGAUGACGCAUGUUUGGUGGUAUUGUCACAUGCGCUUUCUGCUAUCACAUCAUCACUACCAAUUCGUACCCAAGUGAUUCAUCUAAUCAACACAAUGUACAACUGUACAGGUACAACACCUAUAAUUAUUGUUAAUCAUUGA